GUUUAGAUUAUUGUCGAUUGGGUACUUAAACAUCAACAGUGGAUCGAUGCGCGAAAUCGAAAUGAGUGAUAUUUCCUCUCUACUAUACGCUUGAUGUAGAUCUAUAUUCUACGCAUUCAACUUAGCAAUAACACUACCCUGCCCUGAAUCAUAGCCCACAAUUAUCCAAGCAGAUGUCUCCGUCCGUCGUCUAUUUGCCAGACGGCCAGAGCUUUACCGUUCAACCUGUCUUCUCUGGCCUAUUUUUCAAGUCCAACGAACAUAAUAAUCACCACGCGCCUUUUCCCGUUGGCUGGACCGUCGUCAUACACAGCGAAGAUAACCCGGAGGAUCAUAUCCAAGGCCUCACCCUAAAAGAUGACCCCAACGAAGCUCGUUCUAGACGAAGCCAUAUUCACAGAUACAGCAAGCCGACAUUGCAAAAUGACACCAUAUUCAUCUCGUCUAUCUCCAACCCGUCCAGUAGCGAAUUUAAACCGCACGCCAGCCAAUCUCGGCAAAUAGCGUUGAUGCUGUGGGUGACGCUAUACUGGUAUUUCCAACAGCCUGAGCCAUCACCCUAUGUUGUGACUGAGCAGUCGAAGCAUACUCCCCCGGAGGCCAGACCCAGAGGCGAAUGGCGCAUCAAGAUAAAACGAGAAGGUGUUCUGCGCACGCGAAAUAUGAUACCUAAACUGGAGAGGAUGGGUCUUAUAACGAGCUUGGAUUCGGCUAUUGGGUCUAACGUCAAUGAAUCAAACCAUGGAUGGGAUCUCAUGUUUGUUACCAGACGCAUGUUUUGGCAAAUACACAGCGGGCUGUUUCUCUUCACCCUCCAGCCUGUGAAGCAUAAUUCGUAUCCUGGAUCCCCGAGCAACAGCCGUCCUACUUCACCGGUUCGAAGCGAAGGGGGUCAGCUAGCAACCCUUUUUAAUCAACUGGCCGGUGAAUUGCCAAGCUCUCCUAUAGGACCCUAUCAUUCGACCUCGCACCUGCCAACUUAUUAUCCUCCAGCACCGUUACAAUACAUCAUAAGUAACAACGUCCGGCAUCCAUUGCGACAGAAGCCCCCGCAUAUGGGUGAAAUCUUCUACACACGCUUCGUGCCCAGUGUGGGGAAAUAUCUUUCAUUCCGCGUGGCAUCACUUGCACCACGACCCGUCCCGCACCUUGGACCUAUUAGCCCGGGUGAAAGGGAGAACACACACCUGAAUACGUUAUGCGACACCUCACUUAUUCAAAUGUGGCUGUCAAACCCUAGAGUUACCGCUUUCUGGGGCGAAUAUCAUCCCAAAUUUCUGUCCACUGCUUUCCAGUCGCACCACUCAUUCCCAGCUAUUGCUAUGUGGGAUGGUGUACCUUUUGGGUAUUUUGAGAUCUAUUGGGUGAAGGAGGAUCAGCUGGGACGAUAUAUGGGAAAUGAGGCGCAAGAUUUCGAUCGAGGCAUACACGUCUUGAUCGGCGAAGAGUGGGCGAGGGGGAGAGUACAGCAAUGGCUGUCGAGCCUCAUCCACUGGUGUUUGCAGGCAGAUUACCGAACUAUGAAUAUCUGCCUUGAACCGAGAGUGGAUAACGCGAGAUUCAUUCAACACCUCGAGUUUGCUGGAUUCGCCAAGGAGAAGGAGAUAUCGUUUCCCCACAAGCGAGCGUGGCUUUGCCGUUUGAGAAGAGAUGUUUGGGAUGGACCAGCUAUGUGAAGUUUUUUUAGUUGAAUCAUGAGUUCAGAUUUCUGCAUUCAAAGGCGCAAAUGUAUCGAACUUAGGUGUUCUUGAGCGAGCCACAUACAUAGCCG